AGUUGGGUUGUGAAUUUGCUAAGCGAUCGAGGUACCAUUGUGAAUGCCACCUCGUACUAGAUCCACCACGAUGGGAGAUCCGCAACCGGGUGCGAGCACGAGUCUUAGUGUGGCGGGGGAUGAGUUGAAAAACUUGAUGGAAAAAAUUAUGACGGAUUUGAGGGAUCUAAAAGAAGGCCAAACCACAAUGCAUGUCACUCAAGAUGCUAUGUUCGGGGAUUUGAAGGAACUCAAGGUGAACCAAGCAUCCAUCCAUGAAAACCAAACUUUUCUCCACGACGAGCUCAACGCUUUGAAGGCCGUGCGACUAUCAAGGUCAAACACCCCUAGGAGCAAUCACACACAUCAUGAUGCCUCCGAGGGGAGUAAUGGAGAGGAAGAGCCAUAUGGUUGGUACGAUCAUGGGGGGCGUGGGGGACAAGGAGGAGAACGGAAUGGGAAUAGGAAUGGUAGGUUCGGGAACAUGAUGGGCGGAAGAGGGAAUGGAAACAUGGGGCACCAUGGGUGGAAUGGUAGGCAUGGAAGAUAUAGAAACUAUGAGGAGGAGAUGGAGCCGCGGUAUGAUGAUCCCACCAAGUCUAUCAAGCACACAUUUCCCGAGUUCCACGGCAAGUUUGAUCCCGAGGCCUACUUGGAAUGGGAGUCACAAAUGAGCAAAAUUUUCUCACUCCAUAACUUUUCGGAAGGUGAUAAGGUGAAGGUGGCAAUAGCCGAGUUUCGUGGCAAUGCGGAUACAUGGUGGAAUGAUACGAUGAGGAGGAGAAGGAUGGUUAGGGGAGGGGAAGUGGGUUCGUGGGCGGAGUUGUGUGAGCUCAUGAGGACUACCUUUGUACCAAAGUCCUAUUUCCUCCGACUUCGAGGGGAGUUUCAAGAUUUGAAGCAAGGGACGAAGAGCGUAAUGGAGUACUACUAUGAACUCCUAUCAUUGAUGAGCAAGGUAGGGGUGGAGGAGCGAGAAGAGGCGACUCAAGAUCGAUUUAUCCAUGGCCUUAACAUCAACUAG